AUGCCGCCUGACAUAUUUACCUACCAUCGGCAUACCAAGCAGCGUUUGGGCCCUGGUCUGUCCCUUGGUAAUCUAGCAUUCCGCGGCCUCGAUGGAGUAUGCGACAGCCACAUCAGAAAUUUCGUAUCCAUAGAGAGGACCUUGAACCAUGGGUUUGUCAUCUCAUUUGUCUAA